CAGAAACAGCAUCUUCUUAGGCGCUGUAGAAUCAUGAUGGUUCUUAAAUCAUUUGUUACACUGUUUAUAGCUUGGGUUGAAGUUGGACCGAGUAAUUCAGAUCUGCUUGUACAUCCUCUUCUUGAAGUGAACCCACAGCACAUUAACAUAGAGGAGUUUAUCCAGAUUAUCUGCAAACAUGAAAGAGGAACAUCAUGUCAGUUCUAUACUGACCAGACCCCAGCCCAUUUCCAGUCUACACCAGGUAAAACUGGUGUCUGUCAGCUCUCUGUGUCUGGGAUAGAGCUACUGCAAGGAGAGGCUCAUCAGAAGAAAACUGAGGUGAAUCUCAGUUGUUCUGUUGAACUGAACACGAGAAACCAAUCAACUAUCUCUCAGCGCAGUGAGACAAAAACAAUUGAGGUUAUUGUCAGCUUUGGAAGAGUUCAUAUCCAGGCCAGUAAACCUUUCAACAAAGAAGAGGAUCUCAAACUACGCUGUGAAGCAGCAAAAGGAACACAUUGCCAUUUCUAUGUUGAUCGGAACAAACUCCCUUUCAGAUCAGCGCCUUACAGACAGGAAUACAAUCUUUGUCACCUCUCUGUGUCUGGGAGGGAGCUGCUGGUAGAGAGCGGUGGUGUGACCAUCGCUCAGGUCUUUCUGAGCUGUGCUGUUGAGCUGGAAAUAGAGGGAUAUACUGUUACCUCUCAGCGCAGUGAGCUCAUCCCAGUCGAGGUGGAGGGUUUGGAGUACAGUGAUGUAGCUACAGCUGUACCCAUCACCACUAAUGUUCAGAACAGCACUCCAUCAAAUUUCAACACCACUGGACUUGUUUCAGUACUCACACCAACUGUGGCUCAAACAGAAGGACAAUAUCCUUAUGUUUUCAUCUGGGUGGCUGCUGGAGAAUUUUUUUCUCUGAUGGCAACAGCAGGUUUGAGUGUCUGCUAUUUCAAAUACAAGAGAGACAAUCAAUACAGUGAAAGAUACAAACACUGAUGAGGAAUAACUGAAUGAACAUCUACUCCAGAACAUCUACUAAUAAGUGCUGAGUCUACUAUAUCAUAAAUGGUUAAAUAAUUCUGACACUGUAAUGCUACUUGUGAUGUCAAAUGUAACACCUUUUAAAACAAAUUUAUGUACAACA